AUGGAGCUGGCCCUCGCUGCCACCCUGCUCGCCCUCCUCCCCACGGCCCUCCAGCAGAGCACUCCCCUCCCAGCCAACCUCUCUGUGACCCGUGUCUGGGCAAGAAGCCUGGACUCAGAGUGUGGACGCCCACAUGUGUCAGGCCGCAUCCUGUCGGGGCAGGACGCCACGCUGGGCGAGUGGCCGUGGCAGGUCAGCCUGAGGGAGGAGGGACAGCAUGUGUGCGGGGGCACCCUGAUCGCUGAGGCCUGGGUGCUGACUGCGGCCCACUGCUUCGACCAGAAGCAGCUGCUGUCUGCCUACUCCGUGCUGCUGGGCUCCAUCUCCUCCUAUCCCCAGGCUGAGGAGCCCCAGGAGCUCCGAGCGGUGGCUGAACUCAUCAUCCACCCAGAGUACUUGCCGGAGACCAGCAGAGCGGACAUCGCCCUGGUGCAGCUGGCCUCCCCUGUCACCUACAGUGACCUCAUCCUUCCGGUCUGUCUUCCCAAACCCGGAGACCCCCUGGAUCAUGGCACCUGGUGCUGGGUCACCGGCUGGGGGAACAUCGACUUGAGUAUACCGCUGCCCCCGCCCUUCACCCUGAAGGAGCUGUCCCUGCCCCUCAUCGAUGCCCCAACCUGUGACGGCUACUACCACGAGAACUCGGACACCCCCAUCCAGGAGCCCAUCAUCCUCGAGGACAUGCUCUGUGCCGGCUUCGAGAGUGGCCAGAAAGAUGCCUGCGGGGGUGACUCCGGGGGACCCCUGGUCUGCGACGUUGGUGGAGUCUGGGUCCAGGCAGGCGUGGUAAGCUGGGGCUUUUCCUGCGGACUUCCAAAAAGGCCGGGAGUCUACAUCAACGUCAGCACGUACGCCACCUGGAUUGCCAGCACCAUCCUGGGCUUGGACCUACACCCCGAAAACUCUUCUCCACGUCUUGCCGGGCUCUUCUUCCCACUGGUGCUGCUGGUUCUGGGGCUGCUGGGGGACACGUUUGCCCCCCUGAGGCUGGCCUAA